GAUCUCCCGCUAUGAUGCCAUUGUCGUUACAGCUACGUUAUAGCUGACUUUUUUGUUUGUUGUCUCUCUCUCCUCUCUUCUCAGUACUUUCUUGCUGUAGAAGCGGCCGUGAUUUCGAGGGAGUCAAACCCGCGUAGAACCCACCGAGGGCUCCUGUAGCCCACGUGCACCCAUUUUAUUAAAUCUUUUUCUUCUGUCUCUCGUUUCUUUCUGCUCUCUCUCCCCUUUCGUGCCGUUGCUGCCAAUCCUGCGCUACACGUCUUCCCGCUGCAUUGACACCCUUGGCGCACCAACGCGGGGUCCCCUCCUCCGCAUUUUCGCCCCCUUCUUCUGGGGUGAAUAAUGUCCUACCGAGCUCAGUUUGCGGUGCGCAAGCGAGGCACCUCCGCGCCAGGCAGGUGGUCGACCCGAAUUCUCACCAUCGACACGGAGACGGCCACUGUGACCAUCAGCCGUCACAACCACCCGAGCAACGUCCUCUACCACUCGCUGAAGGUGAAGGUAGCGCAGAUGUGGCCCCGCUUUAAGCCGACGGAGCUGGACGACGACUACGAGUCGUUGGACGCCAAAAUGACUCUUCGCAUUAUCGGCGCGGAGGUGCUCGUGCCGAUCUUCAUUGAAGACGACGACGAUGUCGCUUCCGGCACGCCGUCGUCCUCGCAGCCGACGACGAAGAAGGCUGCGGCUCCUCACGGCGACGGGGCGGUGCCGAACAUUGAAAAGUUCGCUUUUACGGCGGGUGACUCGAGUAAGAAGAGCCGGCCGCUGCGUGGCGACGCGAUCGACGGCCUCUACGAAGUAUGGUUGAUCCGAUUUACGUCGAUUGAGUCCUACGAGGCGGCCGUGGCGCUGCUGCAGCGGCUGCGCAGUGAGGACGGCGGGGUGAGGAAUGUGUGUGGCGAUCACGUGGCCGGUGACUUGGCUGCGGUGAGGCGCGCCUUGGCGGUGCGGUUCGCAACGAAUGCGGCGGUGGCCAAACAGGCGUUGAUCAAAGCGUCCAGUGCGUAA